AUGACAUCUGCGCCUAGAGAGCCCUCCCGCAUACCCACUGCCGUCCGCAAGUUGCUUUCCUCGAUGUCGCGCUCUCAGCCCACGCCGACAUUUUCACCCACUUUCACCUCAUCCGUUUCCUCAGUUCCACAAUCUAACACCCACACCGCCAGUCACGAGCUAGUUCCCUCUGCAGCGAGUGCCAAACUGGUCCCUGAAAUUGCGCCGACGAGCACACGUGGCUUGGAGAGUAACAUGCACUACCCCACCAAAGGCAGCGUUGCACCCGCUGUCCCAUCGUAUGAUGCGACCCCGAUUAUCCGUGAAUUAAUGUCUACAAGGGGCUUCCCAGAGAGGGCAGAUGACGCGGAGUGCCUCCUGGCCCUUGUUCGCAGGGCGCGGGACCAUCAGAGCCACUUGAAGAGCGCCAUGGAGGAUGCCAUUUGGUGUAGUCUCAUACAACUGCACCUGUAUCAGGCGGAGUUGAAGAGAGUGCGAAGACAAUUGGUGGAGGCAGAGAGGGGUGUCGGAGAAGUUCGCGCCUGGAUCCGCGACAGAGGCAUUCCAGUUGGUGUGGCUCUGACGCAGGCAGGUAUCACGGAUGAGAUCGAGGAAGACCUUAGCGAUGAUGAUAGGAGCGCGUUCUAG